AUGGGCCCGAGACAAGUCACAGAUCACGGGAAGGGCACUUUCGAGCUUCGGCCAGAUGCCAAGCUCUGGUCGGGUUCGUGGGGGACUUGGGCAUGUGCGGCUGUGAGAAGCCCUAUCACGACGGCCCCUCUGCUCACCUCCCCUGCAGAGUUCGUGAACAUGCGGGAGACCUCGAUGGACAUGAAGUCGGUGACCGACCGGGCGGCUCAGACCCUGCUGUGGACUGAGCUCAUCCGAGGCCUGGGCAUGACCCUGAGCUACCUGUUCCGGGAACCGGCCACCAUUAACUACCCGUUCGAGAAGGGCCCGCUGAGCCCACGCUUCCGGGGGGAGCAUGCACUGCGCCGCUACCCGUCCGGAGAAGAGCGCUGUAUCGCCUGCAAGCUUUGUGAGGCCGUCUGCCCUGCCCAGGCCAUCACCAUCGAGGCUGAGCCGCGGGCCGACGGCAGCCGCCGGACCACGCGCUACGACAUCGACAUGACCAAGUGCAUCUACUGCGGCUUCUGCCAAGAGGCUUGCCCCGUGGACGCCAUCGUCGAGGGCCCCAACUUUGAGUUCUCCACGGAGACACACGAGGAGCUGCUCUACAACAAGGAGAAACUGCUCAACAACGGGGACAAGUGGGAGGCCGAGAUCGCCGCCAACAUCCAGGCCGACUAUCUGUACCGCUGACGCCCCCCGCGGCCCAAUAAAAAAGCUCUGCCCUCCCGCAC